GCUCUUGUCCUCUUUCAAGAAGUCGUGUUUCGACAUCAUGUAACUUGUCAAAAACAUUGCUAGACGAUACACAUUGAUUGAUUGGAAAGGCUAGUCGAGCUUAUUGGACCUUAGCUUUGUUCUGUGCAAACAUGCUUCGACUUUGUAUUUACACCUUCUUCUUAUAUGGUUACAUCGUUUGCAUGGAAAAUCCAGAAAUCUACCUCAACGAGCUUCGAAAAGAUCUGGUGACAGACCCCAACGAGUUACAACUUCAGCCCAAGGUUCCAUCUCUAUACAAGUUGGCUCAACUUGAUUCAAUGCUUCUCGGAAGUUUGGUUCAAACCAAAUUCUCUUCCAAAGAGGAGCUUGAAAGCAUUCAUCCAGUCCAAAUUGUCGUGGGAAAGAUAAUUGGAGGGCCAUUUUCAAUGAAGCAAGCCAUUCGUGUUGCUGGGAUCGAAGUGAUCAAACGGAUAUUCGGGCAUGAAUCCUCAACGCAAGGUACAAAUCGGCGAAAAACGAUGGUCAAAAGGUCAGUCGGGAAUGACCUGGAUACGGUUGAUACCAAGGCCGUGGACUCUGCUCCAGUCAGAUCGAAACGUCAAAACCACGAAGAGCCACUUUCAAAGCUCUCUGGAGAAGCUUCCUAUGAUUUAUUUUCUAACCAGAUUCCUUGGUGGAAACCCCCUAGAAGGAAUCGGAGUUCAAUCCCUCCAAAAACGUUGGACGAACCUUUUUUGCAUGUGGAUCAUGCGUUUGGUGUUGACAAUCCAAUUCGAACUCUGUUUUAUCUUAACCGAUUUCCGGAAUUGGUGAAGGGCAAAGUUAUCGCCGGUGACACUAAGGAAAUUACUUUGAUUUCGGACCGAGAGUUGAAAGACAUUAAUCAAGCUUGGAUUAGGGGGAAAAUUCCACAUUUUGGCAGAAGCUCUUCAUCAAAUAUGAGAAAGAACCCCUUUCAAAGGCCAAAGGCCAAGGAUCAAACGAGUGAGAGCAUUCGCAGUCGUGAAAGUGUUAAAGAUCUUGACCUGGGAGAGGGUUAUUUUCCCCAGAAAAGGUCAGAUGAUUCAAUUACUUUCGUUCCUGGCGAAGAAAACCUAUGAAGAAUUCGAUAGCAUUGAAAUUAUCGUACCAUAUCCAAGCUUUUUGGAAUAAGGUUGAAAAUUUAGAUUCAAAAUUCGGACCAAACGACAAUAAGGAAUAAAUGACCGAUUUCAUUGUGUGAA